UUAGUCAAGAAACAUUUUUAAUUUUUUGAUUCAACAACGGAUUCGUAAAAACAUCGAUGAACAACGAUGUUUGAAGCCACGACCAUCGAUGUUGCUCUAUACAUCGAUUUUUUUUACAUCUAUCCUUUGUUUACGACCUAAUCUAAUCAGCUGCGCGCUGGGGGCACACCCUAAUGCUCUGAAAAGUUAUUUUUAAUUGUUUUUAAUAAUAAGUUUAAUGUUAAAGUUAAAUCAAUGAUAAAAGUUAAUUGGCUUAGACGUCCCGCCAAAGUGCUGCAGACAAUCGGACAGUCAUGCAGUUCUUCAACAUGGACAACAACGCUACAUCGCCAUUUCAGUGCAGAAGCCACUAACUGUAGAACGUCAACUAAACCGCCAAAUGCGCGUCAAACUUUUUUGGAAAAAGUUAGUGCCGGCCCAGGCCUCCAUAAAUUCUUUAAUGUAAAGCGCGGACCUACACAUACUGAGGCAAACAACGAUGAAUUACAAGUGCCUUAUUUACUCCCCGAGAGCUUUAGUGGUCACGGGCGCAAAGUACACUUUGAAGUUUACGGCUGCCAAAUGAAUACAAAUGAUACUGAAGUAGUAUGGGCUAUUUUGCAGCAAAAUGGAUAUCAGCGAUGUAAAGAUGUUCAACAGGCAGAUGUUAUCAUGUUGGUUACCUGUGCUAUACGUGAUGGUGCGGAACAGAAAAUCUGGAAUCGACUGAAGCAUUUGCAUGCUAUGAAAGACCGCCGUUCUGCACGACAUGGUCCACUACAAAUCACCGUUCUCGGUUGUAUGGCGGAGCGCCUGAAGGAGCGUUUACUUGAUCGAGAAAAGUGUGUUGACGUCAUAGCUGGGCCAGAUAGUUACAAGGACCUUCCCCGUUUGCUGGCGAUAUCGCGGCAUUACCAGCAAUCUGCGAUUAAUGUAUUGCUUUCCCUGGAUGAGACUUACGCCGAUGUCAUGCCGGUGCGCUUGAAUGCUGACUCACCAACUGCCUUUGUUUCGAUAAUGCGCGGAUGUGACAAUAUGUGCACUUACUGUAUUGUUCCUUUUACAAGAGGUAGGGAACGUUCUCGUCCUAUAGAGUCGAUUGUUCAGGAAGUACAAACGUUGGGUGAUAGUGGCGUAAAGGAAGUCACACUACUUGGUCAAAAUGUCAACAGUUACCGGGAUAUUACCACAAACACCCGAACUAGUACAAAGGGCCUUGAGACCAACAAAGUGGCACCUGGUUUCAGUACGGUAUACAAACCCAAGCUGGGUGGAAUGAGGUUCGAUGAGCUACUCCGGCAAGUAGCUGAAGCAGUUCCUGAAAUGCGUAUACGUUUCACAUCACCACAUCCAAAGGAUUUCUCUGAAGACGUACUGCGCAUCAUACGCGAUUAUCCAAAUGUUUGUAAAAAUUUACAUCUGCCCGCUCAGUCUGGAAAUGACGCUGUACUGGAACGUAUGCGGCGGGGUUAUACAAGAGAUGCUUAUCUACGCUUGGUGGACUCUAUAAGAACAAUGCUUCCGAACGUGGGUAUUUCCAGUGAUUUCAUUUGCGGAUUUUGCGGUGAAACGGAAGAAGAGUUCAAAGACACAUUAACGCUAAUGGAACUGGUUCGCUAUAAUGUAGCAUUCCUAUUCGCUUAUAGUAUGCGUGAACGGACGACUGCACAUCGACGUUAUAAAGAUGAUGUGCCGCAAGCAGUCAAAACGGAGCGCUUACAACGCAUGGUACAGGUGUUCCGCAAGGGUGCUACAGAUUUGCACAAACGUUUUGAGGGUCGAAACGAGCUUAUACUUAUAGAGGGAAAGAGCAAAAGAUCGGAUAAAUGUUGGUUUGGGCGUAAUGAUGCCAAUAUUAAAGUUAUUGUGCCAUCGGUGAUGCUGCCGAGUGAAGUGGGAAGUCACAGAGAAAUCACAACGGGCGAUUUUGUAGCAGUCAAGAUCACCGAAUCUAACUCGCAGGUGCUUAAAGGCUUACCGCUUUACUUUACCUCAAUAAAACAGUUUUAUUCAAAUAUCUAUAGCGAUAAAGCACAAUAAAGAUGUAAAAAACUUGUUGGUUUAUGUUACAA